AUGACCCUCACAGGAGCUCCCCAGUCCCAUGGGAACCCCCUCUGCCCCAUGGGACCCCCACCUAAAACCCCUAUAAAGCCGAGGAGAACAGGAAUCCCUGGUCCGGCGGGACGGUGCCGGGACGCGGCGGGCGCUGCAGAUAAUGCCAUGGAGGGGGGGGCUCAGCAGAGCAGCCUCUGGGAGCCCCCCGAGCAGGACGGGGGUCCUGGUGAGCGGGAUGGGGGCGAGGGGCUGCCCGAGGUCAAGCGCUCCCAGCCCCUCUUCAUCCACGGCAGCAGCCGGCAGCCGCCACAGGAGGAGCCGCGAGCGUCGUCGCUGCCCAGCAUCCCCAACCCCUUCCCCGAGCUCUGCAGCCCCUCGAACUCCCCCAUCCUGAGCAGCCCGGCCCUGGGACAGGGACCCCCCCGCGAGGGCACCUCCCACGUGGUGAAGGUGUUCGGCGAGGACGGCGCCUGCCGCUCCCUGGAGGCGUCGGCCGGGACCACGGCGCGGCAGCUCUGCGAGACCCUGGUGCGCAGGACGCGGGCGCUGCACGACCACAGCUGGGCCCUGGUGGAGCUGCACCAGCACCUGGCCCUGGAGCGCUGCCUGGAGGAUCACGAGUCGGUGGUGGAGGUGCAGAGCUCCUGGGCCCCGGGCGCCGACAGCCGCUUCGUGUUCCGCAAGAACUUCGCCAAGUACGAGCUCUUCAGGAGCACGGCGCAGUCGCUGUUCCCCGAGGUGAUGGUGUCCAGCUGCCUGGAGGCCAACAAGAGCAUGGCGCACUCCGAGCUCAUCCAGAACUUCCUCAACUCUGGGAGCUGCCCUGAGGUCCAGGGCUUCCUGCAGCUGCGGGAGGCCGGGCGCAAGGUCUGGAAGCGUUUCCACUUCUCCCUGCGCCGCUCGGGGCUCUACUACUCCACCAAGGGCACCUCCAAGGACCCCCGGCACCUCCAGUACUUCGCCGACCUCACCGAGUCCAACAUCUACUACGUGACGCAGGGCAAGAAGCUCUACGGGACGCCCACCGAGUUCGGCUUCUGCAUCAAGCCCCACAAGGUGCGGAGCGGCGUGAAGGGCCUGAAGCUGCUGUGCAGCGAGGACGAGCAGAGCCGCAGCUGCUGGAUGGCCGCGUUCCGCCUCUUCAAGUACGGGAUGCAGCUCUACCGCAACUACCAGCAAGCGCAGGCACGACUGAGCCAACCCCCCUGGAUCGGCCCCACGCCCCUGCGAAGCGUCUCGGACAAUGCCCUGGUGGCCAUGGACUUCUCAGGGUGCACGGGCCGGGUGAUCGAGAACCCCAAUGAGGUGCUGACAGCAGCCCUGGAGGAGGCACAGGCCUGGAGGAAGAAGACGACGCACCGGUACAGCCUGCCCGCCGCCUGCCACAGCUCCCCGCUCAGCGCCGCCAUCCACCGCACCCAGCCCUGGUUCCACGGGCGCAUCUCCCGCGAGGACACCCAGCAGCUCAUGGGCCGUCAGGGCUUGGUGGACGGGGUCUUCCUGGUGCGGGAGAGCCAGCGGAACCCCAAGGGCUUCGUGCUGUCCCUGUGCCACCUGCAGCGCAUCAAACACUACCUCAUCCUGCCGAGCGAGGAGGAGGGUCGGCUCUACUUCACCAUGGACGACGGGCAGACGCGCUUCGCCGACCUCAUCCAGCUCGUGGAGUUCCACCAGAUCAACCGCGGCAUCCUGCCCUGCAAGCUGCGGCACUACUGCACCUGCGUGGCGCUCUGA